AUGAGCGCCGCCCACCCGGCGUACGCCGACGCCACGGCCUACGGUACGGCGGCCUCUGCCGUGGAGGCGGGGCUUGAGGAGUACGGCGGUGGGCGCAUCGUGGACAUCACGCACGCGUACCGGCCGGAGCUGCCGUUCCCCGGGCGGGACGGGCUCGGCGCGGUCACCCGGCUCACGGAGUCCAUGGCCAACGGCUCCGUCAACAACGUGUCGGAGCUGCGCAUGGUGGCUCAAGCAAUGGAGUCCCUAGAUAUCACGAAAGGGAUUCGCCGAGUUCUUUUCAGAACACUAAACACUGACAGGAAGCUAAUGUCGACGAAGGAAAUUGACACGAGUUUUGUUGGGUUCAGAGAGGAUGGUGCACAAUGGUUAGUUGACAACACUGACAUCAAGCUAGUUGGGAUUGACUAUCUAUCAGUUGCGGCAUUUGAUCACUUGAUACCAGCCCAUUUGGUCUUUUUAAAUAGACGAGUGAUAAUCAGAAUGGAUUGGACAUGUCAUCUAACAUCUUAUACAUUUGAAUCAUGGAAUAUUUCAUCUGUAUCAUCGACCUGUGUUAAUGACAUGUAG